GGACUUCUUGCAUAUUCUCCACAAGAGGAAACUGGUACACGGAACACGGAAAUGACCUCUAGCCAGUCCAAUGACACCAGCGUUUCCGCUUUCAUUCAUGGGGCGCUGCAUGAGCGAGCUGCUCUGGCUAUUUCCAGGGAUCUCAUGGUUUUUUUUAAUGGAUUCUCUGUCUAUAAAAACGCCCUGCUGAUUCGAACAACAUCGACAGAGUGAAGCGGAUCACCGACAUGUCGGAGGAGAACAAUUCUCCGGAUGGGAAUGGCAAGGUUAGUCGGGUCAUCCGGAUCGGAACCCGCAAAAGCCAGUUGGCUCGCAUCCAGACUGAUAGUGUGGCGGACAAGUUGAAGGAACUGUACCCUGACAUCCACCUGGAAAUAGUUGGCAUGUCAACAACAGGAGACAAAAUCCUUGACACAGCUCUGUCAAAGAUUGGGGAGAAGAGUUUGUUCACCAAAGAGCUGGAGAAUGCUCUUGAGAGGAAUGAGGUUGAUCUGGUUGUUCACUCACUGAAAGACCUUCCCACCACUCUGCCUCCCGGAUUCACCAUUGGAGCUGUGCUGAAGAGAGAAAAUCCCCAUGAUGCAGUGGUUUUACAUCCAAAAAAUGUCGGGAAAACUCUUAACACUUUGCCAAAAAACAGUGUGAUUGGCACCAGUUCACUCCGCCGCGCUGCUCAGCUGAAGAAGAGAUUCCCCCACUUGGAGUUCAAAGAUAUUCGUGGCAACCUGAACACACGUCUGAAGAAGCUGGAUGAGAAGAUGGACUUUGCUGCCAUCAUCCUGGCUGCUGCCGGCCUCAAGAGAAUGGGCUGGGAGAACCGGAUCAGCCAGAUCCUGGAGCCUGAAGACUGUAUGUACGCUGUGGGCCAGGGGGCUCUGGCAGUUGAGGUACGGGCCAGAGAUGCAGACAUCUUGGAAAUGGUGUGUGUCCUCCAUGACUCUGACACUGUGCUGCGCUGCAUAGCUGAGAGAGCCUUCCUCAAACAACUGGAGGGUGGUUGCAGCGUUCCAGUGGCUGUACACACCGAAGUCAAAGACUCCCAGCUCUACCUGACGGGGGCAGUGUACAGCCUAGACGGAUCAGACAGUCUGAAGGAAACCAUGCAGACUAGCAUCGCUGCUGCUGACAAGAGUUUAGAAGAGGUGGAUGAACGGGUCCAGCGAGUGGGAGUGACAGCCAGCAAGAUCUCGGGUGAAGCCCAGGACGGAGCCGAGCGGCUGGGGGUCGACCUGGCCAACCUGCUGCUGAGCAAAGGAGCCAAGGAGAUCCUGACGGUGGCCAGGCAGCUCAAUGACGCCAGAUAAUCCUGCUGUGCUGAGGGGGAGGGCUACAGAGGUGACCGGGGUACUUGAGUACAGUCAGUCACAGCCUUGUGUCGAGUAAAAACUUGAAUUCCUUUUUUUAUGUUACUUAUUUGACUUGAGCGAAAAGUACCAAAUGGCGCGGUGUCUUCUUUUUGCACCAGGUGAGCUCAGUCAACAGCAGACGAAAUUGUUGAGGAUUUCAAACACUACUUGGACCAAUGUUGUGCUCAGUCUGGUACAAAGCUGCUCAGUUGACUGUCAUUAUCAUAAUCACUGCAGUCUGCAACACUCUUGGUCUUGGCUCCAGCCUACUCUUCCAUGCAGUGCCUCGUGGAACCAUCUCCUGAGCCACGUAGAAACUGCCUUGCUGGGAUUAUCAGUGGGGAAACACAAAAUUGCCUUCAAAUACCGUCGUCAGCACUUACAGUACCCUCUCUGGCUGAUAUCCUCAUGGCGAAAGCCUUUUUUUUUUUUUUUCUUUUUUCAAUAUAGCAUCAGUGUCUCAGUAAAUGGAGUGCCACUAAAAUUCAGCUUUCUCAAAUAUGUUUCCCAGAGGAUGUUUCAUCAGUGUCCAGUAAUGUUUGCCACAAGCAGGUAAAAAAAGAGAAGUUAUAUCAGAGUUCUUAUCUUAGCUUUUAGCAGCGUUCUCAUUUGGAAAAGCUGACUAUUAAUGAUACAAAAGACGAGUUUCCAAGCAUGUGGGCACAUUUUCCGGUUCCGUGCAGGCAAUUCUGCAGUGAAAUGGGGCUCAUUUAGGUGUGAAAGUUGAGAAAUGUAAAUAGAAAUGUAAAUUCAGUCAUUCAUUCAUCAACUCUAAACUCUGUGGCCAAGAGUCAUUGUUGACUUUCUUUCUUGACCUUCCUGUUCACAGGUAUUUGAUCAGACCUCAUCCAUUGCAGUAAUUAGUGUUUAUAGUAUAGUGUUUUAUUACGUUGGCCUCCUAAAACAAAAGUAUUUUCUCUGCAUAAUCUUUAUUCAGCUAAUGUUGAAUGCAUCAUUUUCUGCUAUGGAGGUUUACUACAUUUUAAGAGUGUGCUAGCGACUUCUUCUACAAAGAGAAUUUAUUUGAUAUGCAUGAUGAUAAGCUGUAGGGAGCAUUUUGUUUUACUCCACCUAUGGCAAAGCUAGUGGUGUUAAGUUUGUACAGCUUUGCACUGAGAGUAUUUGAUGUUCAAUUUCAAUAAAUGACGGGAGAAUACCUGUUUUACACUGGAGCUAUCAGCAUACAACAAUCCCUGCAUCCGUUUUCAGUUUUCUGCUCUGAUUUUAAAUGUGUUGUUGUGUUGGCUUGUUGUAUAGCAACAGUUCUGUCCUGUUUAUGCUUUGCUGAUAUUGCAUCUUCAACAAAUGGAUGUAAUAUCGCUAAAGAAUGGCUUGCAUUGCCACACUAGGCAUCAACUGUUAGCUUAUGAGUUUUAAGUAAGGUGUAAAUUCUACAGUUGUGGUUAUGCAGUAGUAUAAUUGACUGUUUUAAAAGGUAAAGGGCAGAGAAGCUGACCUACUCUUAACCUACUAUGGGGCAAAUUACUGUUGUGUUAAAGAAAGAAAGUAGCAAACCAGACCUUAUUUAACUGAAAAUAAUGCAGGUUAUUACUUUAAACCGUCACUGUAUUUUACAGCUGUAUUGCCCCGCGCUGUAUGCUGGCUCAAAGCUUGAUUAAAUUGCCAUUAUGGGCUCAUUCAUGCUGAUGGGACUAUGUAGUUCUGCGGAAUCACAUUGCAUUCACCAAACAAAACAAAAAUUAGAGACCUUCGCUCAUAAUUAUUACCUCUGUAUUUCAAAAUUAUAGCAUCAUUGUCACAUAACUAUGACUUAAUCUUGUAAUUUUGACUUAGUAUCAUAAAUACAACAUUCGUAUCUCCUACUUAUAAGAUGAUUACUAAUAAUUGUGAGAUGGAUCUUGUAUUUAUAUUUUUUCUUGAGAUAGAAUCUCAUGAUUAUAAGACAAUUAAUAAUCAUAAAACUCAUUAAUAUGGAAUCUGUAUCUUCACAAUCUUUAUCUUGUGAAGAUACAGAUUCGAUAUUUAAGAUCUUUAUCCUGUAAUUAUGAGAUGCUAAGUCUUAAUUACAACAUAUAGAAGUAAUAAUUAUGAAAUUAUAUAUUUUGGUAAAUGCAGUGCACUUCUGUACAGUUAAUCCAGAGCUAUUCAAAAUUUUAGCAGGUUGCAUGUUUUCUGUAUAAUGAAAAAAUGAACGAAAAUCAAUGGCAUUUGCUGUAAUGUAAAAUGCUGUACUCCCAUAUCAAAAUUGAAGUGUUUCCAAAAGUUAGAUAGAUAGAUAGAUAGAUAGAUAGAUAGAUAGAUAGAUUCAAGCUUGCUGACCUUAAUAACUUUCCUAAUGAAAUAAACAUGUCUGAAAUGUCACUUUUCUUUCUAUAGUUUCCAUCAAAGUGCCACAUCAGUACAUGUAUCAUAUUUGCCUAAGUAAACUGUAUAUCUGCCUUACAUAGAACUAUGUCUAUUUUUUCUUUGAAAAUCUUCACUCUGUAUCAGUAAACCCACUGUACAGCCAGUGUGUUAUUGUAUUUUUUGUAUAAUAUACUUAAUUUAAGCCUCCUGAGACAAUGUGAGGUAACAGUAGCCAUAUUUGUUUUUCAGCUUUAAUUUCUGCACAAGUUAAUAUAUAAUGUUUCUGUUUAGCUUCUUUGUUACAGUACUCAGUAACAAAGUAUUUUGCCACUUAUGUGUCCAUCAUGACAUAUUGGAAACAAUGAUGUCAACAAACAAUUGUCAAUAAAGGUACAUGGAUUAUA